AUGGAGUUGGAUUACACCAGCCAAGCCAAUACAGGCUCGACCGACUCUGUGCUGAUGACCCCGCGCAACAUCAACGCCGUCUGCAAGCAGGAAUCCCCUGCUGCGGCUGACACCAUGGCUUCCAUCCCUGACAGAGGUGACGAUGGAAAAGUGUCGAAAGUCGGCGCCGGGAUAUCACGGACGGCUCCGAGCUCGGAGGAUGCGCAGCGCGCGGCAGCGACCCUGCUGAACUAUCUCCAAAACCUGGGCCAGUCUGGCCAGUUCGACCACGAGUACUCGGCCAUCAUGCAGCUCACUAGGAAGCUCGACAUACAACCCCGCCACUUUGCACAACAUGGCACGGGCGGGCUUGCGAGAAUCGUAGAAGGGGAGGUCGAUCUGAUCACGGCAGGUGGUGGACGCGGCAAUUGA